UGACAGAAAUGGCUGAAGGAAAGGAGAUACGUGGAACUUCGAGCAAGAUAAAUGCAAUAGCGGAACAUAAGGACUAUCCGUCGCCGGGAACGUCGAAAGCGCUUGUAGAGAAGCAAAAGUUGAUACAGGAGUCUUCGUGGACGAGAACUGUCCCGUACAAACACUGGCAUAGCUAUGUGAAACCUACCGACAGUAUAGGCAGUAUCUUCACACCCGGCAUACCCGCGUAUCGAAUCAGGACCGUGACCAAACGCGACGUCAAGCCUGCACGAUGGCAUCCUUUCGGUGCCGACGGAGUUCUCGCGAAUCCCCCUCGCGCUUUCAUCGAACGACAUAAUGAAGAAGUUAAGCGAAGAAUCGCAGCCGAGAAGAGACGCGACUCUUUGCCGGAAAAUAUAGUGAGCCUGAAAGAUCUGGCGGAUGAUACGUGGUUGCGGAAGAAAAGUCGGAGUGCGAGAAUCUUGAUGAAAAAAGAGUUAUCUCUACGCAAGGAGAGGAUAACAAAGCGAAAGUUGGAUCGGGAGAUGAAACGUUAUGUCGAGGCGGAAAUUCCAAAAUCCGUGGAAGAACAAUUAGCCGAGUUAAUGGCGAUAAUCGAUAAGGAACAGGAACGGUUAGUAAAACCUGAGGAUAUUGCUAAAGUAGUUUAUCUUAGAGAUCAUUGCAUAAGCGAUCAUCACCUACAACCAUACGAUUAUGUUAACAUCGACGCAGCGAAGAAUCGUAUCAUUGGCAAAUUUCAAGAACGAGAAAACUUUGACGUUAUAAUGAAAAGUUUGGAACCGGAAAUAAUUGAUGACUAUAAGCGAAGCCUUCGUAGCGCGAUAGUGGAUUAUAUCCUGAUGGAUUCCGAUGAACGGAAACGUUUAUCUAUCGAAACGUUCCCUGUCGAAUUCCCCGUUUUAUGUGUUCGUGCGCCAGUGCCCUGGCAUCAGGCCAAAGUCACGGCGAAUCAUUCGGUGCGGCAUAAUCUUUUUAUCGGGAAUGAAAUACUGAGAGACAUCCGAGAUUUAUGGUUUACAAAAUAUCGUCAAGUAAGAAUAAUUCAAAUGCAAGAUUUCGGCACGCUUCCCGUUCCGGCCGCGGAAAUUGAACCAAGACUCGAUGCUCUGUGCGUUGCUGCUACCGAUCUUCUCGUUAAAGAAUGGCUAGCCGACGUGGCGGAAAUCUUUCUCGAGAAGAAACACGACUGGUCGCAGUACUUUGAGAUGCAACCCGACGCGUCCACCGCGAUAAUCGAGAAGUACUUUCGUAGUGUCAAUUCCCUAUUGUCGAAACAAUUGCGAAUCAUGAUAAUGAAGACGUUAGAAGAUGUGAAAAACUUCUUCGUGCGAUAUGAAGCUGGCAAUGCGUUUGAAGGAGAUUACACGGAUCUCAUGUUUCUCGAAACUCCUUUCAUAACAGUAAAAGUGGAACCGGAACUUCGCACGACACAAUUGCACUGCAAACCGAGCAUCCUAAAGUUGCACACCAUGAUCUCGCGAUGUUUCGACAAGAUCAUCACGGUGGGCGCUACGAUACCCAAGAUCGAAACCAUUCUCUUUCCGGAAUUGAAAGAUGCGGGUCAUUUAUUUCCCAUUUCACGAUUUGAAGAUACGGUAUUGAGCAUCAUCAGCGAUGUCUUAGACGUGAUCGGUAGACAUGCAUCUGGUCCCGAUAAUUAUCUCAAGUGUUACCAGAAUUUGCUGUAUAUUACGAGCGGGGUAGCGGAGAAAAAAUUAGACAAUUUUUUUAAGCUCGAGCCAGUACCACUGUUGCGAGAGUUUGAGCAACAAAUAAAGGCGUACGACGCUCUGCGAAAAGAGAUUUGUAUGUUUCGAUGUAAAAUCCCGCUGAACAUGAUCGAGAUCGAUUGCAGUACCGUGAACGAUACGAUGAGAGAAAUUCUGCACGCGCUUCGAAGUAGAAUAUGCGAUUUCUUUGCGGACGAAUUACGAGCCAACAAUCGCGAAUUAUGUUCGAUCUUCGAUGAGAUAGCGGAGAACAUUUCGAAGAUGCCGGAAACAACGCAGCAGGUCGUCGAACUGUACAAUUACUUGUGCGAGAGCCGCGACACGACAAUGUUCAAUCUGAGGAGACAAUUAGCUCGUUCGAUCGAGCUGACAUUGUUCCUGUUCGAUCAUCAGCCGCCCUCGGACGAGGACAUCCAUUUGAACUCACGCACCAUCACCUGGCCGAAGGAAAUGGAGGUCGUGAUGGAACUGGCGAGUAAUAGAUUGAAUAUGAGAAAGGACUUUUUAGAGACCGUACUUCGUACGAGACGAGAUACUUUUGAGAAGAAGAUAGUUACGACACAACUGGCGAUUGAUCAAUUCAAGCGGAAGGAUCCGCCAGUCCUCACGAUAGAAGAGAUGGAACAAGCUGUGGAGGAAAUUGAGCAUAUUUCCGUAACCAUGACCGAGAUCCGUAAAGAAGCUGAAGAAAUCAACGAGGAGGAGGGACUGCUGGACAUGGAGCUGAGCCCACACGUGGAGCUGCCGACUAUGUCCAGCACGGUAGACACCUUCGACAAACUCUGGCAUACCGCUUUGGAAUUCCAUCGGAAUUACGACAAAUGGUUCUACGGACCGUUUGUGGGUCUGGAUGCCGAGCAAGUACGCGAGGAGACCGAAAAUACAUGGCGAACCCUGUACAAGCUGUCACGCAUGCUGACAGAGGUGCCAGGCGCGAGGCGCGUCGCCGAGAUGGUGCGCGGCAAAGUUGAGAAGUUCCGGCAGUUUAUUCCAGUAUUGCAGACUAUUUGUACACCGGGUCUGCAGGCCCGACAUUGGGAGGCGAUCAGCAAGGGUGUCGAUGUGACGAUAGUACUAACGGACACUAGCAAUCUGUCGGAAAUGAUCGAGUACGGUUUACCCGCUUACAUCGCCAAGUUGGAGGAGAUAGCUUCGGCGGCCACAAAAGAGUAUACUUUGCAGCGGAACCUGCAGAAGAUGAAAGAGGAAUGGCAGGAAGUAUUCUUCGAGUUGACUCCUUAUCGAGAGACCGGAGUGUUUAUAUUGUCCGCCGUGGACGACAUACAGAUGUUGUUAGACGAUCACAUUCUCAAAGCGCAGACUAUGCGCGGUUCACCGUUCGUGAAGGCAUUCGAGGAAGAGAUGCAGUUGUGGGAGGAAAAAUUGAUAAUGAUGCAGGACAUCAUCGAUCAAUGGCUGCUCUGCCAAGCCACUUGGAUGUAUCUGGAGCCGAUAUUUAGUAGCGAGGAUAUCAUGCGUCAGAUGCCGACCGAAUCGAGGAACUUCCGUAGAAUCGACAAGAUCUGGCGUAAUAUUAUGUUGUAUGUCUAUGAUAACAGACGAGUGACCGACGCUACCGCGAUGCCAAAUAUGCUGCAGGAAUUUAAGGUUUGCAACUCGCUCCUCGAGGAGAUCCAGAAGGGUCUGAACGACUACUUAGAGAAGAAGCGUCUGUUCUUCCCGCGAUUCUUUUUCCUGUCGAACGACGAACUCUUGGAGAUCCUGUCCGAGACCAAGGAUCCGCAGCGAGUGCAGCCGCACCUGCGGAAGUGCUUCGAGGGUAUCAGCAAGCUCCGUUUCACCAAAGACGAGGAGAUCAUUGGCAUGCUGUCGGCCGAGGAGGAGUACGUGCCUCUGAGCGGCAAGAUUUAUCCGGCCGAUGCGAAGGGUAUGGUCGAGAGAUGGUUGUGCCAAGUGGAAGAGCUCAUGGUCAUAUCGCUGCGCGACGUCGCCGAGGAGAGCAUAAUAGCGUACUUCGAUGCCAUGCGGGAGGAAUGGGUACUCUCGUGGCCCGGUCAGAUCGUCAUCUGCAGUAGUCAGAUACAUUGGACUAGCGAGGUGUACGAAUCCUUCGAGGAACGUUCCACGGCAUCUUACUUGCACAAGUGUACCGAUAAAAUAGAGGAUAUCGUGGCACUCGUACGCGGCAAAUUAGAACCCGGAGCCAGAAUAACGUUGAACGCUCUAAUAGUGAUAGACGUGCACGCUCGAGACGUGGUAAAGCUGCUGGUUGAUAAGCAGGUCGACAAUCCCUCGGACUUCAACUGGAUAGCGCAGCUUCGUUACUACUGGCUGGACGAUUGCAUUACCGUCUCCAUGGUCACGACUAGUAUCAUGUAUGCCUUUGAAUAUCUCGGCAACACAUCCAGACUGGUAAUAACGCCGCUGACGGAUAGAUGCUACAGAACCUUGAUGGGCGCGCUGAAGUUGAAUCUAGGUGGUUCGCCGGAGGGACCGGCGGGUACCGGCAAGACGGAAACGGCCAAAGAUCUCGCGAAGGCCGUGGCCAAGCAGUGCGUGGUGUUCAACUGUUCCGAGGGACUCGAUUACAAGGCGAUGGGCAAGUUCUUCAAGGGUAUCGCGCAAUCGGGAGCCUGGGCGUGCUUCGACGAGUUCAACAGGAUCGAACUGGAGGUGUUGUCCGUGAUCGCGCAACAGAUUCUGUCGAUACAGAUGGCCAUAAGCAUGAAGCUUGACAAAUUUGUGUUCGAGGGCACCGAGUUAAAGCUGAAUCCCACCUGCAACGUCAUUAUAACUAUGAAUCCAGGCUACGCCGGUCGGCAGGAGCUACCGGACAAUCUGAAGGUGCUGUUCCGAACGGUGGCGAUGAUGGUGCCGGACUACGCCAUGAUCGGCGAGAUCACCCUGUACUCGUACGGCUUCACGGACGCUAAGAAUCUCGCAGAGAAGAUAGUUCAUACCUACAAGCUGUGCUCCGAACAAUUGAGCUCUCAGAAUCAUUACGAUUACGGGAUGCGAGCGGUUAAAACCGUGCUGACAGCGGCCGGCAAUCUGAAGCUCAAGUAUCCGAAGCGCGACGAGCAUGUUCUGGUCCUCCGCGCCAUCGUGGACGUUAAUCUGCCCAAAUUUCUGUCCCAGGACGUUGCUCUCUUCACCGGCAUCUACACGGAUCUCUUCCCGGACGUGCUCCUGCCUCAACCGGAACGUGACGAGCUGGUGGAUCUGCUGAGGACGAAUCUGCAGAAACGGAAUCUCCAAGCUACCGACUGGUAUCUAGAGAAGAUCGUGCAGAUCUACGAGAUGUUACUCGUACGGCAUGGUCUUAUGAUCGUCGGCACGGCCCUGGGCGGGAAAACUCAGGCCUAUCAGGCGCUGGCCGACUCUCUGGGCGAUUUGUCGGGUAUACGAAAAGCGACGAUGCGAGAGUAUCGCACGGUCUACCGGGUGAUCAAUCCCAAGGCCAUCCCGCUGAGUCAACUCUACGGCAGUUUCGAUCCGGUGUCGCACGAAUGGAGCGACGGUGUGCUGGCCAACACAUUUCGCGAGUUCGCGCAGUCCAUCGCGAUCGAACGCAAAUGGAUUGUGUUCGAUGGCCCAGUAGACGCGAUCUGGAUCGAGAGCAUGAACACCGUACUGGACGACAACAAGAAGCUCUGCCUGAUGUCCGGCGAGAUCAUACAGAUGUCCGGCAGGAUGAAUAUGUUCUUCGAGCCAGCCGACCUCGAGCACGCCUCGCCCGCCACCGUCAGCAGAUGCGGCAUGAUUUAUAUGGAGCCCUCUCAGUUGGGCUGGCAACCGAUCUUCGAAUCUUAUAAAAAGCAUCUCAAGGAGAAACUGUUGUUCGAGCAGUACGAGCUCAUUGUCGAAUUGAUCGAAUGGUUGACCGAGCCGAUAUUACGUUUUAUCCGAUAUAAUUGUAAGACUUUUAUAGACACAUCGGAGAUACAUAUGUUCUUAUCUUUUACAAGAGUAUUCAGCAUGAUGUUGGCAGAGGAGACGCAAGUGAGCACAGUAUGGCUUCAGUGCGUAUUGUUAUUUAGCAUAGUUUGGGGCAUUUGCCCAACAUUAACGAGCGACAGCAGAAAAACCUUCGACGUAUACCUACGAAAACUAUUACUCGGCAAUAUCGACGAGUAUCCUAAGCCGAAGGUGUUCAAAUUGACGAAGCAACAAAUCUUUCCUGAUAGAGGUACGGUGUAUGAUUGGAUUUACGACAAGAGGAACAACGGAUGUUGGAUAUCUUGGAUGGAUACUAUGCAGCAGGCACCUUUACCAGCAACGGCGAAAGCCAGCGAGCUGAUCAUCCAGACAACGGAGAUGUCCAUACAACAUUUUUUCAUCAAACAAUUUAUGCGCCAAUCGGUACCGCUUUUAUUCGUGGGUCCGACGGGCACCGGAAAGUCCGCGAUUGUAUUAAAUUACCUUGUCUCGUUGCCACGGGAGAAAUUCCUGGAGAAUGUUAUAAACUUCAGCGCACGCACGAACGCACCGCAGACGCAGGAGAUGGUCAUGUCGAAGUUGGACAGAAGGAGGAAAGGAGUUUAUGGUCCCGCCAUGGGGAAGAAGUGUGUGCUAUUUGUGGACGACCUCAGCAUGCCGCAGGUGGAGAUCUACGGCGCCCAGCCGCCGAUAGAAUUGCUUCGUCAGUGGAUAGAUCAUGGCUAUUGGUUCGAUCCGAAGGACACCUCGAUACUGUACCUAGUAGAUAUCUUGCUGAUCGCGGCUAUGGUACCACCUGGAGGUGGCUCCAAUGUCGUAACGCCGCGAUUCACUCGUCACAUGCACGUGAUUGGUAUCGAUUCUUUCGAGGAACCCACUAUGACGAAGAUCUUCUCGUCGAUCCUCGACUGGCAUUUCGCCAAGGGUUUCGCCCCAGAGAUUUCGCGACUAGGUAAGAUGGUGGUGAACGCUACCUUGAUAGUGUUUCUCGAGGCCAUAAAGAAUUUCUUGCCGACGCCGUCGAGGAGCCAUUACAAGUUCAACUUGCGUGACUUCAGUCGGGUUAUUGGCGGCGUGCUUUUAGUGCCAGCUACUAGAAUGAAGGAUCCCGACAAGCUUAUUAGAUUGUGGAUUCACGAGGUGUAUCGAGUUUUCCAUGACAGACUGAUAGACGAUACCGAUCGCGAGACGCUGUUCGGGAUGGUGCGACACACGUGUUACGAUCAGCUGCGCCAGCCAUUAGACAAGGUGCUCGCUAAUUUGCUCAAGCCAGGUGAGAAAGCGAUCAGGAGUUCUCACAUUCGCGACCUCUUCUUCGGGAAUUACAUCGAGCCCGACGCCGACCCGAAGGUGUACGACGAAGUGACGGAUCUGGAGAAUCUUCAGGAGAAAAUGGAUUACUAUUUAGCCGAGUAUAACGCGGUUUCGCAGACGCCGAUGAACCUGGUGCUGUUUCGUUACGCCAUCGAGCAUGUCUCUCGCGUUUCCCGAGUAUUAUUGCAGGAUAACGGUCACGCCCUGCUUGUCGGAGUUGGCGGUUCCGGUCGCAAUUCUUGCGCCAAACUGGCGACCAGCAUGUGCGAGUAUCAGAUACAUCAGAUCGAGAUUACGAGAACCUAUGGAUCGGCCGAGUGGCGAGAGGACCUAAAGAACUUACUGUUGCGCGUCGGUUGUGACGGCAAGCCCACCGUUUUCAUCUUCGGCGAUCAUCAGAUCAAGGACGAAUCCUUUAUCGAGGAUAUCAACAUGAUCCUGAACACCGCGGACGUGCCGAACUUAUAUGCGAUGGACGAAAAGGCGGAGAUACUGGAGAAGAUGAUGACUGUCGCACGAGAUGUGAGCGGCGGCAAGAAAGUGGAAAUGACACCGAUGGUGCUCUAUAAUCUUUUCAUCGAAAGGAUUAAAAAGAACCUUCACAUAGUUUUGACGAUGUCGCCAAUAGGCGACACUUUUCGGAAUCGUCUCAGGAUGUUCCCAUCGCUCAUCAACUGUUGCACCAUUGACUGGUACACAGUCUGGCCCGAAGAUGCCCUCGAGAAAGUGGCCAGGAUGUCGUUGAGAGAUCUCGAUAUCGGCUCGGAACUGCGAGAGAAAUGCGUGCAGAUGUGCAAACAAUUUCACACGAGUGUCUCUAUGUCGAGCGAGGAUUAUUACUUGACUUACGGUAGACGGUACUACGUCACGCCCACAAGUUUCCUGCAACUAAUCAAAUCAUUGUACAGAUUGUAUGGACAGAAAAUCGAGCAGAUCACCGUGCAGCAGAAUCGCUACGAGACCGGUCUGGAGAAGCUGGACUUCGCCGCCGGCCAAGUGACGAUCAUGCAGGACGAGUUGCAUCAAUUACAGCCGAAGUUAUUAGCGCAGUCACAGUUGAGCGACAAGCUAAUGAUCCGUAUCGAACAGGAUACUGUCAAUGUGGAGGCAAAGAAAGAGAUCGUGGCGGCUGAUGAGGCCUUGGCGAACGAAGCAGCUGCGGCGGCUCAAGCAAUCAAGGAUGACUGCGAAAGCGAUUUGGCAGAGGCUACCCCAGCGUUGGAAGCCGCCCUAUCGGCAUUGGAUACUCUGAAGCCGGCAGACAUCACGAUUGUGAAGGCGAUGAAGAGUCCGCCGGCCGGCGUUAGAUUGGUAAUGGAGGCGGUCUGCGUGCUGAAGGGUGUAAAACCAGAUCGAGUCCAGGAUCCGACGACUGGUCAGAUGAUAGACGACUACUGGCCCGCGUCCAUCAAGUUGCUGGGCGAUAUGAAAUUCCUAGAAAACUUGAAGAAUUUCGAUAAGGAUAAUAUACCACCCGCGUACAUGAAGCGUAUUCGCGAGAAGUUUAUAAACGAUCGGAGCUUCCAGCCAGACGCGAUAAAGAAGGUCUCCACUGCGUGCGAGGGUCUCUGCAAGUGGGUGCGCGCCAUGGAGGUGUACGAUCGCGUGAUUAAGGUCGUGGCGCCGAAAAAGGCGAUGCUGGCGGAAGCGGAGGCCGCGCUGGCCACGCAGAUGGAGAUGCUCAACGAGAAGAGAAACCUGUUGCAGGAAGUAACGCAGAAGCUGCAGUCGCUCAACGACGAGUUCGCCGAAUGUAUGCGCGAGAAGAAGAAGCUGGAGGAUCAGAUCGACUAUUGCAGGCAGAAGUUGGAGAGGGCGGAGAAACUGUUGGGUGGUCUGAGCGGCGAGAAGAGCAGAUGGAGCGAGACGGCCAAUAAACUGGGCGCCAGCCUGGGGAACGUGAUCGGAGAUGUUUUACUGUCAUCCGGAAUGGUGGCCUAUCUGGGAGCGUUCACGGUGGAAUACAGAAACAAGCUGAUUGACCAGUGGCACGCUUCUUGCUUGCAAGCGGCUAUACCAUGUGGCGCGAGAUUUAAUCUAAUCGAUAUACUGGGCGAGCCGGUAGAAAUCAGGGGCUGGACAAUCCAGGGACUACCGGCCGACAACUUCUCGAUUGAGAACGGUAUAAUUGUGAAGCACGCCGAUCGUUGGCCGCUCAUGAUCGAUCCGCAGAAUCAGGCAAAUAAAUGGGUGAAGAACAUGGAGAAGCCGAACAAGCUAGCGGUGAUCAAGCUCACGGAUCCCAAUUACGCGAGGGUGAUGGAGACGAGCAUUCAGCUGGGAUCGCCGGUGCUGCUGGAGAACAUUAUGGAGGAGAUCGAUGCGAUCUUGGAGCCUGUGUUGCUGAAGAACGUGUACAAGCAGCGCGGAGUGCUGUACAUGAAGUUCGGCGAGACCGUGCUGGAGUACAACCCGGACUUUCGAUUCUACAUCACCACGCGUUUGCGAAAUCCGCAUUACCUGCCUGAGAUAGCGGUAAAGGUGACUCUACUGAACUUUAUGAUCACGCCUCAGGGUCUGCAAGAUCAGCUGUUGGGCAUAGUCGUGGCCAAGGAGCUACCAACGCUGGAGGAGAAGAAGAAUCAGCUGAUAGUGGAGGGCGCGAAUAACAGGAGAAUCUUGAAGGAGAUCGAGGAUAAAAUCUUGGAGGUUCUCACGACGUCCGAAGGCAACAUACUCGAGGAUGAGACCGCCAUCAGGAUACUCUCAACCUCGAAAAUGCUGUCGGAGGACAUUCAGGCAAAGCAGGAGAUUGCAGUAAAGACCUCGGGGGAGAUAGACAGAGCUCGCAACGGUUAUAAACCCGUCUCAAAGCACGGUGCGGUUCUCUUUUUCUGUAUCUCCGAGUUAGCUAAUAUCGAUCCUAUGUACCAGUAUUCGCUACCGUGGUUCCUGCAUCUCUACAUCAUGGCGAUAGCCAGCAGCGAGCAGUCGGUAGAUCUGGGCGCGCGAAUGAAGAGUCUCAAUUCGUACUUCACGGCAAGCAUCUACAGAAACGUGUGCCGUUCCCUGUUCGAGAAGGACAAGCUGAUAUUCUCUCUGGUCCUUUGUGCCGGUCUGCUACGCGCCGCUCAUAAACUAGAAGAAGAUCUCUGGGUGUUUUUGUUGACAGGUGGAGUAGCUCUCGAGAAUCCUUAUCCCAAUCCCGAUCCCUCAUGGCUGUCCGACAAAUCCUGGUCAGAGAUCGUGAGAGCUAGUCUUCUGCCGGGUCUUGAAAAGCUGAGGGAUUCCUUCCAGUCCAACGUGUCGCAGUGGCAAGCAUAUUAUGAUCUGUCGAAUCCGCAGGAGCAUCCUUUCCCACCGCCGUUCGAGCACGAGGACGAGAGCUUGAAAAAACUCGUGAUCCUGAGAUGCGUGAGAACCGACAAGCUAGUCGCCGCCGUUCAGGCGUUUGUCAUCCACCAUAUGGGCGCGCCUUUCGUGGAACCUCCGCCCUUUGAUCUCCAGAGUUCGUACGACGACUCGAGCAACGUCACGCCCCUCAUCUUCGUGCUCUCGCCCGGAUCGGACCCGAUGGCCGGACUGAUCAAGUUCGCCGAGGACCGCGGGAUCUCGAAGAAGAAUCUCAUGACGAUCUCGCUGGGCCAAGGCCAGGGUCCGAUCGCGACCGGCAUGAUUGAGCGCGGUAUCAAAAGCGGCGAGUGGGUCAUCCUGCAGAACUGUCACCUCGCCGUGUCGUGGAUGAAGGAGCUCGACCGGAUAUGCGACGAGAUCAUCGUGCCCGAGAAAACGCAUCGCGACUUCCGUAUAUGGCUGACUAGCUAUCCGUCCAAGGGAUUCCCGGUGACCAUCCUGCAGAACAGCGUCAAGAUGACGAACGAGCCGCCGAAGGGACUGAAGAACAAUCUGCUGCGGAGUUAUUUGAACGAUCCCAUAUCGGAUCCCAAGUUCUUCCGCGAGUGCACGAAGGUGGUGGAAUGGAGGAGAUUGUUGUUCUCUCUAUGCUUCUUCCACGCGGUGGUGCAAGAGAGACGAAAUUUUGGUCCACUCGGUUGGAACAUACCUUACGAGUUCAACGAAUCCGAUUUGCGUAUCUGCAUUUUGCAAUUACAGCUGUUUUUAAAUGAUUACGACGAGGUACCGUUCGACGCGCUCACUUAUCUGACAGGAGAAUGCAACUAUGGAGGCAGGGUAACUGAUGAUAAAGACAGACGCUUGCUGAAUUCGCUGCUGAAGAAUUUUUACAAUCCUGAAGUUAUUACAAAUACAAAGUACUUGUUUUCCCCGAGCGGAAUUUAUCACAUGCCGGAGGACACCGAUUAUGAAGGAUGUCUGAAGUACAUUCGCAGCUUACCGAUAAGUCAAAUGCCGGAAGUUUUUGGCUUGCAUGAGAAUGCGAACAUAGCGAAGGACAAUCGGGAAGCGAUGCAACUGUUGGCCGGUGCGCUUUUAACCCAGCCACAAAUCAGCGGAGUAGGUAUCGAGAAAGACACAGACGAGGUAGUUUUCGCUCUGGCCGGCGAGAUUCUAUCGAAGAUGCGACCACCGUUCGAUAUUGAAUAUGUGUCGAGCAAGUAUCCGGUACUCUACAUGAACAGCAUGAACACGGUGUUGCGUCAGGAACUCUUUAAAUUCAAUGAGCUCACCGAGGUCAUUAAGGAAACACUGGACAAUGUACGAAAAGCCAUUAGAGGGCUGGUACUGAUGUCACCGGAAUUGGAGGAUGUCUAUCUUAGCAUGAGUAUCGGCAAGGUGCCGCUCGCUUGGGACAGAAAAUCUUACCCCUCGCUGAAGCCACUCGGCAGCUACGUGAACGAUCUGUUGGCGAGAUUACAGUUUCUGCAAGACUGGAUCGACCGCGACGCACCGAAUGUAUUUUGGAUAUCCGGCUUUUUCUUCACGCAGUCGUUUCUGACGGCGGUGUUGCAGAAUUACGCUCGCAAGCACAAGAUACCGAUUGACCAGCUGGACUUCGAAUUCGAGAUCACCCGUUUCGAGACGAGCGUCAACGCUGCACCUUCCUACGGGGUUUAUAUAAGUGGUCUCUUUUUGGAAGGAGCUCGAUGGAACAGAGAGACGAGAUUGUUAGGCGAAUCUAAGCCUAAGAUAAUGUUCGACGUGCUACCUAUUACAUGGAUAAAACCUGGCGAAAAGGCUAAAUUCGACAUAAGAGACGUUUAUUACUGUCCAGUAUACAAGACGAGUGCUAGACGCGGUGUAUUAGCAACUACAGGACAUUCUUCCAAUUUUAUACUGUACAUCCUAAUCCCGACGGAUCUGGACGAAUCGCAUUGGAUUAAUCGAGGUGUAGCUGCCCUUUGUCAACUCGAUGAUUAAUAAAAACAAUAAGGUAUGAAUCAUCAGAGCGAUUUAUAUAUGAUGAUUCGUUGUAUCAAUGGACAAUAUAUUGAAAAACUGAUGAAGGAUAUAUUUAAUGGAAUUCAUUAAGUAGAAAUAUUUUAGUUAUUAAGGAACUUUGCGCACAGUGGACCUUUACAGCCUUCCUUACAUAUUAAAUGGCAGUCGUGUGUAUUUUUUAAACUAUCAUAUAAUAUGUUCAAGACUUAUAAGUCAGGAACAGGUAGAUAAAAUUCGCAGAAUCGAGAAAUUAAAAAGUACAAAUAUUUUUGCAAUAUUAUAAAUAUAUUUACUAAUAACAAUCACACGUUAUCGUCAUUUAUAACAUUGUUUAAUCUCAUAUGUACAUUAUGACUGCAGUCCAUUUGAUGCUGCAAUGCUGCAAUGCUCUGAAGCGUUUUUCUUCUUCUUUGUUCAUUAAAAGAAAGGAGAAAAAGAAUUCUUCAAACCAUUUAUAGUGUUAAGUGGACCGCAGCCUAUAUCGUCUAAUAUGAUAAAUUUAUAUGAACAUAUAUAUAUAUAUAUAUA